GAAUUUGAGAAGUGAGAAGUGUUGAAGUUGAGAGCUGUAGUACAAUUUGUGUUUAUUGUUUUUGGAUAAAUUUUGCAUUUAAUUUUAUUACUAUCAGUGAUGUCUUGUGGUGUUGAUUUUGUUAUAUAAACGUUUCAUCGUAAAAAUGUGGAUUGCAUCAAAAACACCUAAACUAGGUGUCGCUGUCUACAAUUGGAAAGGAGAUGUACGUUCCGGGCUACCUUUGGAGAUCGGAGAGACAGUGCAAAUAUUGGAAGAAAAUGGAGGCUGGUAUAGAGGAUUCAGUACAACAAACAGAUCAGCAUGGGGCAUAUUCCCUGCAUGUGUGGUGUCUAUACGACCCUGUACAGUCAAAGGAUCUGGAGCCACUGCUAUUGCAGAGUUGAAGGAUGAUCCCCUUGUGCGGGAGAUAGCAUGUGUCUUGAGAGAUUGGGCACGUUUAUGGAAGAAACUAUAUGUGGAGCGAGAAACGUACAGAUUCAGUGCGGUCGCGAAGGUUAUGCGAGAGUUGUUAAGCGGCCGCCGCGCACUGCUCGCCGGCACUCUCACGCAGGACCAAACGCGUGCGUUGCGAUUGAAACUCGUCGCCAAAUUAGACUGGGGGAAUAGGUGAGUUUUUUUAUUUACUUUUUAAAUUAUUGAUGUGAUUGAAACGUAAGAAUGUAGUCGUCUCUGCUGACGUCGUCCGCACCUGCUACUUCGCGACCGUACACUCGCUGCUACAGUACGGCUCCGAGUUGU